AUGGCCAUGCUGAACGUAUUGAGGAAACGAUACGACGACGAAACUCUGGAGGUGUUGCUACUUACGGCGAAGGAACGUAGCUCCAGCACCAUCUCCGAGUUGCGCAAUGAACUGUGGCUGAGUCAAGGAAAAACGGUCGGCCAAGCUUACUUUCUUCUCCAACUGGACACGUUGGGGGAGCACGUUUUGUUCAGCCCAGAUCUUGGUCCAUUGGUCUCGUACGCAAAUAAGGUGAGGGGCAAGUACGUGACAGUGAGUGAAGGAGUACACGAGCGCAGCUGGCUCACACUACGAGGCGAGCAGCGAAGGACGGGGGUUACAGACGGAAAGAUCGCCAACAGCGAGUGCGAGGCGCGAUCUUGCGCGGAAGGGCACCGAAGCAACGCACGAGCGGCUCACAGCAGCCGAACGAACCGAUGGCUGAGGGCGUCCGAGGCUAGCGACGGGCUGUUCGCGGGCGAGGGCUCACUUGGCAAUCUGCCAGACAGCGAACACUAG